AUGUUCCAGACGGUUGAAAAACCACGAACGUCCCGCCUAGAACCGGGAUAUGGCAAGCCUAUGUGCAAGGGAAGCCAGUGGACUGGGACCUACAACCAAGGGGUCUGCAUGCUCCCUCCUGACCCAGGACUCUGUUUUGUGUUGGAAGAGCGCUGGUACUUUGACUACCAUCUACAGAAAUGCAGGCCAUUCACCUGGGGAGGAUGCAAAGCCAACGAGAACAAUUUUAAGGAUCGCCGCGAAUGUGAGGCUGCGUGCAUGCGUUACGGUGAGUCUCAGAACCAAACCCUCUGGAGGAUGGCGCAGUCCAGAGAGGGCUCCUUUGGGCCCCAAUCCCUCCUGUUGUCCCACAUCCAGCCGUUUGGGGAAGGAGGAGCCGGUGGCUCACCCAGUUCUGGCUUUUCCAGCCUGGGAUUCAGGAGCAUCAUGAAGCCAGGGGUGCUCUGGCUCCUUGUGGGGAUCCUGGUGCUCAGAGAAGGGGCUCAGGCCUCAGACUAUGGGCAGCAGGAGAAGAAAGGGAAGGCUGGGUUUUGCAUGCCCUCUCCCAAUGGACUGUACGAUCCCCCGUGCAAAGUGGCAUGCGAAGGAGACACCGAGUGCCCAGGAGCGGAGAAAUGCUGCGAACACGCCUGCCACUACAAGUGUAUGCCGCCCUGCAGAGAGAAGGCCGGCCACUGCCCACCGCCUCUGAUGAAGAAGCUGAACGGACCCUCGCUGUGCGACGUUGUCUGUGCAGAGGACAAGGACUGCCCAGGGAUGGAGAAAUGUUGUUCGACUGGAUGUGGCUUCAUCUGCACACCGCCUCUAGAAGAGAAAGCAGGCAAAUGCCCCCGACAGCGAUGGGUGAAGCGACCAUUGGACAGUCCAUGUUACGACACUUGCCUCCAGGACCAGCAGUGUCCCGGGCGGAUGAAGUGCUGCUUCACGGGAUGCUCCAUGAGCUGCAUUGAUGUUCAGAAAGAAGACCCUGUGGAUAGUGACCUCUAAUGAAGGAUCUUGGAGGAGGCUUGCCAUCUGGAAGGCAGCGUGAGCAGCCAUUCUGCUUCGCUCUGGGCCCAUAACAAACUCCAACUCCCAGAAUUCCAUAG